GAGCUGGUGUUCCACCACCCCGUGCCCGUAUCUCGUUCAUCUCUCAAGACGCCAGCGACGCUCGGAGGCGUUCGGCUACGUCUGCAUGACGCAAGAUGGCUGCCAUCGCUUUAUUGGCAUCAAGACCGAGAAGGCGGCAUCCCAGCUGGUGGUGGCGCUGCGUGACCUCUUCCAGGUGGUGCUGGAGAUGAAGCAGCACGAGCUGCGUCAGGCACAGCUUGAGCAGCGGCAGCAGCUGCAGGAAUGGAAGCCCCCCACGGACUUCAACAAUCGCGGGGAGGCACAGGAGGUGAUCUGCAGUCCUCAGGCUGAGAGCUGCGGUGAGCCCGCCUCCUCUGCGGACAGCAAGACUCCCACAGUGGAUGACCUCCUCGAUUUGCAGUCUGAGCUGGACUCUCUACAAGAGGGUAUCCAGCAGAUGGAGACGACGAUAGCCGCCGCGGCCACGCUGGUAUCACCCGACCCGUUCGACACGUCCUUCAUUGUCGACCCAAGGCAGCAGCAGCAGUAUCACCACCAUCCCGGCUCCCGUGCCUUCCUCUCUGAGCCAGCAACACCCGUGGGGCCACCUCCGCCUCUGUUGCCGCCGCCGCCUCCGACUGCGCGUGCCUCGCAGUCGUCUGCCAUCGCAGGGACAGCGCAGCAGCAGCACCGAGCCGUGCCGCCGCCGCGGACCUGCCGUUCGGUGAUGCACCACAGUCACGGCCUCCUGCCCCGACUCCGGCACGACCUGUUUGCCGACUGGACCCCUAUCCGAAAGCAGUGGGAAGAUGGUAGGCAUCGCCACGUUGCCUUUGGACGAACUCAAGAGCCCCCUGGACCCAUAGCUGAAGCUGGGUGGCAGCAGCAGACAGCAAUCCGCGUUUCAACGAUAUUCAGCCCGCUCAAUCCUGGCUCAAGCCAGCAAAGGCGGCCUCAUCUCCACUUCGUCGGGCAGCAGCAAACCUCUUUAGCGCUGUGGAGCGCAGACCUUUUGCGACGAGUUUCGCGGGACCUGCUCUUCCAGCAACCAG